CCUGAUUGACUCAAAAAUGAUUCAUACAGAGAAAAGUAUAAAAGAAACAGAUGAAGGUGUUUAAAAAGCUCAAUACUACACAACUUGCAAGCUCUAUCUGUUAGAAUCAUGAGGACCUCACUGUUGACUCUUAUUCUUGCACUCAUGUUGGCUCAGGGAUUUGCUCUGAAAUGCAACUACUGCGUCCCUAAGUCCGGAACACGAUGCAUCGCAACUGUAGAGACCUGUGAGGGUGGAAAAGAUUCUUGCAUAUCCACCAGACUCACAAUCCCUCCCUACAUGGGCUUCCGGAGAUGUGGCAGUACGAGAGAGUGUCUUCUUUAUCAAGGCAACACCGCCAUGAUAAGCAAAUGCUGCAAGACAGACCUCUGCAAUCCUGUUAUCUUUUAGGCCUAAUUCUAAUAAUAGAAUGCAUAUAUAUAUAAAGGAGGGACAUUUUUGUUGUUUAAUAUGGAUAAGUCUUAUUUUUUCUUGACGGUUUAAUUGAGAUUUUAUCCAAUAAACAAAAACACAAGAACCUGAUGGUUGUGAUAAGAACAACACCAAGAAACCAAUGAGUGACAUUUUUGUAGUUUUAAAAAAUAGUUGUCUUCUUGUUUAGAUUUUGUACAAUAAAAAACCUUCACAAGAA